GCAACGACGACCAAGCGUCCAGAGCCGACCGCCAGUGGGCUGCCUAGCUAGCUGGUGUCGGUCGAGAUCGACGCGACCUGCAGCUUGAGAUCGCCAGGCCAUGCCGCCGCCGAAGAAGCGGGACCUGGAGGAGGGCGGCUCCAGCGGCGGCGCGCCGUCGUCGCAGGCGCCGGCGCUGAAGAAGCGCUGCCGGUCCUUCGACCUGGAGAUCAGGGGCUGCAGGCACCUGCAGGAGCUCACCGCCGCCGUCAAGCUCAGCGUCGAGGCCGCGCUCGAGGCCGCCGUCGCCGGGAUACCAGAGGAAGUUGCCAAAGCAUUUACAAGCUUCUUAAACCGUGCUCCUAGUUUGUGCAGAACACUGGUUGAUCAGAAUCAGCCUCCAAGAUACAAGCUCACCUUCACCAAUGGCUUGGGCAGUGAAGUUUUCACAAAGAAGGUCAUCUGUGACACAAAUGGGGAGCCCCUCAAGAUAUGUGUAACAGCGAAUGGCCAGGAUGAAACCGACCCUCGUGUUCUUUCUGCUAAAAUCAGAGUCGUUGUUCUUGAUGGCGACUUUAAUAGGCACAAUCAGGAAUGCUGGACUUGGGAGGAGUUCAACAACUCCACAGUACGCCCACGAGACAAGGUUGGGGCAGUCUUGACAGGAGAUCUUGAGCUGAGUCUGACAAAUGGUGAGGCUUAUCUCAACAGCGCAACUUUUAUUGAUAAUUCCAAGUUUGUGAGGAGUGGCAAGUUCAGGCUUGGGGUUAUGGUUAUUGAUAAUCUCGGUGAACGAGUCCAAGAAGGCGUCACUGAACCUUUCACUGUCAAGGAACGGCGUGGUGAAGGAUACAGAAAGCAUGAUAUACCAUCGUUGAGUGAUGAUGUGUGGCGCCUGAAGAAGAUCUCAAAGGAUGGUGCUUUCUAUGAUGCGUUGAGAGGUUCUGGCAUUUUAUUUGUCAAGGACUUCUUGAGGUUGUAUUAUAAGGAUGAGCAAGCUCUGCGCAAUAUUCUCAUCAAGGCCACCGAAUUAGCUUGGACGACUAUUGUCGAGCAUGCUAAGAAAUGUGAUCCUGGACGGGAGCUAUAUUCUUUUCUUGUCGAAGGCAAUAGCGUUCUGCUUUUCUUCAACUCUGCCUAUCAGAUUGUUGGAGCGAAAUUUGGUGACAACUACUUGCCCUUCAAUGAUCUUGAAAAGGCUGCAAAGGAACUGGUCAUACAAUGGAGCAAAGUUGCAUACGAAAAUAUACCCUACAAGGAACCAGAUUAUGAACUGGAUGAUGAUGAUGGCAAACCAAGACCAAUCAACGAGGGAAUGAGUAUGCUGGAGCAUAAAUUUACUGACUGUAUGCAAGACAGAAAUGUUUGUGAAGCUGAUAAUCAGCAAGGGACUUCCUGUAGUCAUUCCAAGCAGUGCACGUUUAAAAGACUGGGAUCCAUUCGACUUACGCAAAAUGAUGAAGAUGAAUCAUUUGACAUCAGUGUCUACAUGGACUCUAUCUCUGAACAUUGUGCAACCACAUCUGCAAAUGACAUCACAGGUCUAGUCACGCUUCGUUGCCCAGCUGCCGAGGCAAAUGAAGCUACAGGAUCUGUGGUUUUGACACAGGCAUCCCUUACAGUGGAUGAUGAGGUUUACAACAUACCUCUGGUAGAGAAUGGUAAUCACAAUUUCAUUUCUAUGCACUGGAAACUGCAAGUUUCAGGACUCACUGAUCCGAUAUGCUUUUGCAGAUGCUGCAGUCACUCAGCUGUGUGAAGAGCAGCAACCUGCAGAGGGAGCUCAGUUUGCCGCCUCUCUUUGCGCCGUCAGAGCUCUGGCAGACUAUCCUAUGUACUCAAGGCAUGGCAGCUUCAAAGAGCCCGGUUGCCAUGACGCGGUGGAGCUGGGAGCAGAACCGGCUGUGUGAAGAAUGGCUAAGUGAAAAUAAGAAAAUUAAUGAAUAAAACAUCAAUGGGUCGAAUUGUCGAAAAAUCGUCCGAAGAUGCUCUAUGUGGAAUGGCAAGGACAGGUUUAAAUGACAACAUUGGCCAUCGAGUAAAUGUUGUUUAGAUAUGUAUAGUGAAGAUAUUCUUUCAUUCAACUUUCAGCUUUGUUCUUGGUGAUC